AAAAAAAAAAAGUAAAAAAACGACGAUCAGUCCGGGCACCGAUGCCGUAACUGCACAGUACAAUUGCCGAAAAGUGAAAGAAGAGGAACUAUUAGUAGCAUACGUACUGCGUGAAAAAGCAAGGCGUCAGAGCUCAGAAAUUUUCAGAAGCCUCCUGCAAGAAAUCGUUUCUUUCUCCUUCUUCCCGAAGAACUUCCCGAAACGAAUGGAAUGGAGAAUGAUGGAGCAAACGCAGCUGGUCAAGCUCAACCUCAAGCGCAACCUCAAGCUGUUGAUGCAAACGCUGCACUUGUGAGGACAUUGAAUCCCACUAUGAAGCGAAGCAUCAACAUCAAUGUCCUCACAAGUGCAGCGUUUGCAUCAACGGCUUUAAGUCAAAGCAGCUUCUCAAGAUCCACAAGGUCCAGGGCUGUUGAGCCGGACGGCGGCGUCGUCGGGAGCGGCGUCGCGCUCCAAGCUGGUAUCAUGGCUUUCAGGAGUUGUGCAAUGAGGUUCAUCAGCAGGAGUUUCUCAGGUGGUGGCAAAGUUCUGGGUGAAGAGGAGAAAUCUGUAGAGAAUGUUUACAUCAAGGGUCUCAGGCCAGAAGAGACAGCUUGAGCAGGCUCGACUCGGAAGAUCUCAACCGACACCUACCGCAACUACGCCGUGCUGGCUGGAGUGAUCACCAUCGCUGCUCGUGUUGGGUGGUAUCUCAAAUCUGGUGAGGAAGUCCAGGAGUGAAAUGAGAGCCCUGGCACCAAGUGUGGCAAACAGGAGGCGUCACUCUGUUGACUCUCUUCUAGCCUUCUUUUGCCAUACUUUUCUUUUAGCAGAUACUAAGCAGGAUUUUCACCAUAUGCACUCUACUUGUUUCUAUUACUGGUCAUAGGAAACUUGUCCCACUUCCCCCCACCCACCCACACACACACUUGUUAUGGUUACUUUCUAGUCAACCAGCAGGUUAGCUGCGUUUUGGCUGAAAACAGAGGCCAUAUUUGACUGCUAAACUGUGAAAAGUUUAAUAUCUGCUGGUUUCUCUGGGAUUGUCCUUCCAAUUCCAUGGGCUCAUCUUCAGUUGGGCCUGUGUCUACUUUGGGCUUGAGGAAUGGACUAUUCAUGCUUGAGUUCUGAAUCCAGUACAAUUGGGCUUGAGGCAAUUCCCUAUCAAUGGCUUUAUUGAGUUGUUUGUUUUUGGUGCUACCCAUGUCUGAUAAUUGAUGCAUGUAUGAUUACUUGUUCUAUCGAAAUUCGGAAUUGCCGUC